AAGACCGAAACCCGGCUGGCUAAGGAGAGCAUUGUGCUGCUGUGCUUGCUGGCUGCGGGUAAAUCUCGAGUGCGAGCGAGAACGAGAAAGAACGAGAGAGACGAAUCGGUGGUGGUACACAAAAAAAACCGAAAACAUCAAUAGGAGAAGGUACAAUAUAAUAAUAAAAUUCAACAGUCACGUAUAUUCUCGUUUGGUUGGUUUGUAGUUUGUAGAAUUCUACCAGGGCAUUGUACAGUCAACCAGCAAAUGAAACAGUCGAAGACAGUGUCAAACGAGAACGACGAGGGUUAGCAAACCAAAUAACAAUCGGGACCAGACCAGUUUAUUUUCAGCAGAGUGGUCGUCGUUGUUGGUUUUUAAUAGGGGUUACUUUUAACCAGAACCCCCGAAGAAAAGUUGAAGGUAUUAAAAGCGCGCCAUUUUAAGAUUCGCGCAUUUUAAAAUCGGUGUCCGGUCAUUGGCAUUUGGCAAAAUUUGAGCGUGCGAACGAGCGAAUAAGUAACGAUGGCCAUGAACGGAGGAAGUCCACAGCAACAACAGCAACAGCCGGCACAACCCUCGACAGGACCUCCGGCACCGGGAUUAGCCACCGGACUCUUCAAGGAAGAGCUAGAUGAUUUCGAGCGAUUUGCCCUGGAAAAUCUGGUGUCCAACGAAUGGGGUCUCAAAACUGCCACCAUCAAACGACUCAUCUAUUGUGGAGUUUCGGUCGAGUGUCUGGAAGUGAUUGAAGAGCGGGAUCUGAAUGAUAUCUUCAACGACGAGCGGAUGAUCGGGCAGAAGGUGCUGCUGCGGCACCGGUUGCGGGAAUGGCGCAAGGGACUCCAUUGGAACUGCCCGCCAUCGCCAGACAACAAACGCCGAGCAGGCCGCCGUUCGAUCGAUCACAACAACGAGCCAACGGUUAAAAAGAUUCGCCUCACGCCCACCAUUAAACUGAUGCAACAGCAUAACAGCAACCAUGGCAACAACCAUAACAACAUGCUGGAGCACAUUACGUCGUCGCCGGCCAUCUCGAUCAUUCCCGAGGCACGCACCAACAGCAGUCAGUCGGCGGCUGCAGUUGUCCCGUCUUCUUCCGCUAACCACAACAACACAUCCGCCUCCAAUCGGCACAGCAACGGUUCCAGCGAAGACGCCGGCAAUCUGCCGAUUCGAAUUACCCCAGAUGCCCUCAGCAUUUAUCUCCAGUCCAGCCGAUCGGGCCGGUGGGUCCUUGCCCACUACAACGAACAGCAAGAGCUGGACAAGAAAGCUCUCACACUCCUGACCCACAUCGUGGUGGAACCCUUCCUGAUCUACAACAUUACCUUCACCCAUUCCAUGAUGCGUCACUAUGCCGAGGUCAUCUGCAAGCUAUUCCCCUCGGAGCAGAUGGAAACGUUCUACUGCCCGCGGAACACGAUUCGCAAAAAUCCAACCGGCAAGCUGUACGAUCGGUACGUAAACCAGCGGCUGCGAUACAAGACUAAAUACAACGUCCCGAAACCGACCAUGGUCGAGGAGAGCCAACUGCAUCGGUCAUUCGCCGAGAUGAGCGACAUCGGGGAUACGGUACUGAACCAGCAGUACCUGGACUAUGCCGGGGAACAGCUACAGCAGCUGCAGCAACACCAGCAAAGUCUGCUGGCUGCCGCCGCAAAUGGUGGCGGCAAUAUGUUCGGAACUCCCUCGCAGAUGGAUAGCUUCAGCGAAGAAUCCAUGAACUUGUAUGGAGCAGAGUAAUCAGCUAUCCGUAGCUACUCCAAUAUGUCUAUCAUAUAGUACAAACCUAUUAUUCGAAUGUUUUAGCAAAUAAGACAGAACGAAGCGAUUCGUUGGCUUUAAUCUUCAGACUUUUCUGUAAAUUAAUUUCUAGUAUUUUAAUUCCUCGUAAUAUCUUUAAAAAUACAUUUGUUCAUGUAUGAGCAACUG